UUCAUUUGUAGGUCUUCAUCUGUAGAUAUCAAAGGGCUUUAAAGCACAGUGUUAAGUAUUGUUAUCUCUGUUUUAUUAAAACUGAGGGAUGUGCAGCUGUGGUAAACUGACAAGCCACACUUCACACAGGACAGUAGCUCAACUGAGGAAAAUGAUGGAUUGUCAUGAAUCUGCCCAGUGCUUCAUCAGACCCCUCUCCAGCAAAAACAGCAGUUUUUGUAAAACUCCUUGACUAAAUCCUACCAGCUUACACACAAAGGACACUGACACGAGGUGAAUUAAGCAUGCCAUAGGAUUUGGCCAAAAAAGAGGAAAUUACUGUAUCUUCUUAUAUAAUCAAUAGCUGAAAUUGAGUGAGACCUUGGCUCUGAUGUGGUGGGUCCUUGCCUUGAUUUGGGCCAGCUGCUCUUGUUGAUCUAACUUUCUUUACUCCAGUAAUAGCAGCAGCUGCAGUGUGGUGUAGACGUGCCUAAACUAGCUUAAAUAGUUCAGGUACUGCUAGCCACUGAGCCAAAGAACCAUGGAGUUCAGCUUGGGCUCAGUGCCUGUGGAUUUUAUCCUGCUCUUUAUGAGUUUAGCAUUUCUUUACCAUCUCAGCUCAAGCAAGCUAUAGCAAUUUGUUGAAAAGAAGGCUGGGGGGUCUGGUACCCUGUCUGCACCAGUACUUCUUCCAGCAGAAGUGAGCGUGGUGCUAGGGUUGAUUGUUGGAGAUGUUGCCAAAGACAGCAGUGUCAUGAAAGCUGUUUUGCCUCUCCCUGCCUAUUAUUCUCCCUCUUCUUCCCCACUCUUCCACUGGUCUUCAUUAUUAGCUGCCUUGCCUUAGAUUCCAUUGCUAUGAAGGUCCCUUGUCACUAAGGUUCUACUGGAGAUCAUGAAUAUCUAGGAGCUGGAGAAGGCUUGGAGAAACAGCUGUCUGCUGGAAAGAUCACUGGCCUUGUCUGGCUGUGGCUCUAACAGGAGAAUCUGUAGGGACUAAAUAUGGGAAAAUCCAGGACAUUACCCUUGUGUCAGGUAAUGAGGGCCAGACCAGAAGCGUUUGUGAUGUUUCUCUCAAGUGACUCUCCAGAGGGUGGGCUCCCAGCUCAGCCUGUAAGAGAGCUUUACUGAUAUCUGUAACUCAUCACUUUCUCCUGGCAGCCCAGGACUUCAGCAGAAAUGAGGGCUCAGGUCCUUGAGGGCUAAGUAACUUCUGCUGAGUCAAUAGAGAGGUACCAUCCCUGCCCUCAGUUUUGUUUGCAGGAACAGCCUCAUCAAAUAGUGUUUGUAGGCAGCGACCCUAAGUAGACUGCCGAGCUGUUAAAUUGCCAACCUACCCACUAGUUUAUUGUGCAGCAGAAAUACAAGCAUGCCUGGACCAACCCCCAGAACUCAACUCUGAACUCCUCUCUCGUUCUGUCAGAAUUCCCAACUUGUUUUGAAAAUGGCAUUUAUUUUUGUUAAAUUGCAAAAGAGUUGGAUGCAGUCUGCUAGUUGUGUUUUGCCUCUCCUUCUUUGUGCAGUGGAUUUUGUUCAUUUGCUUUACAUGCCUCAAGUUGCUGUAAUGCUGCUGGGAAAGUAAUUGCCUUGCACUUUCUCUUUCUGAUGCCCACGGGUGACUGUGGGGGACUCCUCCCUGGGCACAGUGCAGAGUUAAAAGCCUAGCUUUUGCUGCCUUGCUUAAGACCUGGUUAUUUCUUUUCUUUUCUUUCUUUUUAUUUCUUUCCUUUUUUUUUUUUUUUUUUUUUUUUUUUUUUUUUUUUUUUUUUUUUUUUGUCAGCUGCCUGUUAUAUCAAUCACAGAGCUGGGAUCUAUUUAUAGGUUGGGACUCGGAGUACUGUGUCCUAGUCACAAAGAGAGGCAGAGACGCAGAGGGGACUGUCGGCUGGUGCAGGCAGAACCAAAAGAUAUUUAAUCAGCAAUUAGAAACACCUGAGGGCAAGGGAAAUUCUACUCCAGCCUCGAGCCUCAUCUCUCAGCCUGCAGCAUGCUGCUCGGCAGAAUGGCCACGGAGGAGCGGCACCUCUCCUCCAGCUGUGGGUCCUUCAUCAAGACCGAGCCCUCCAGCCCGUCCUCUGGCAUUGAUGCCAUCAGCCACCACAGCCCAAGCGGCUCCUCCGACGCCAGCGGGGGCUACGGCAUCGCCAUGGGGGGCCACCCCAAUGGCCUCGACUCGCCACCCAUGUUCAAUGGCACAGGGAUUGGCGGCGCGUCCUGCCGUAAGCGUUACGACGACUGCGCCAGCGCCAUCAUGGAGGACUCACCCACCAAGUGCGAGUACAUGCUCAACGCCAUCCCCAAGCGGCUGUGCCUGGUGUGUGGGGACAUUGCUUCUGGGUACCACUACGGCGUGGCUUCCUGUGAGGCGUGUAAAGCCUUCUUCAAGAGGACUAUUCAAGGGAAUAUUGAAUACAGCUGCCCGGCCACCAAUGAGUGUGAGAUCACGAAACGGAGGCGCAAGUCCUGUCAGGCCUGUCGCUUCAUGAAAUGCCUCAAAGUGGGGAUGCUAAAAGAAGGUGUUCGUCUGGAUCGAGUUCGUGGAGGCCGUCAGAAAUACAAAAGGAGACUGGAUUCUGAGAGCAGCACUUACCUGAGCUUACAGAUCCCUCCCCCAGCUAAAAAGCCAUUGACUAAGAUCGUCUCCCACUUGCUGGUGGCUGAACCAGAGAAGAUUUAUGCCAUGCCUGAUCCAACCAUGCCGGAGAGUGACAUCAAAGCCCUGACAACCCUCUGUGACCUGGCAGACAGGGAACUGGUGGUGAUCAUUGGCUGGGCAAAGCACAUCCCAGGGUUCUCCAACCUCUCCCUUGGAGACCAGAUGAGCCUUCUGCAGAGUGCCUGGAUGGAAAUUCUCAUCCUGGGCAUUGUGUACCGCUCCCUGCCAUAUGAGGACAAGCUGGUCUAUGCUGAAGACUACAUCAUGGAUGAAGAGCACUCUCGUCUGACAGGGCUGCUGGAGCUCUACCUGGCCAUCCUACAACUGGUGCGCCGCUAUAAGAAGCUCAAGGUGGAAAAGGAGGAGUUUGUCACACUCAAAGCUCUGGCCCUCGCCAACUCAGACUCCAUGCACAUAGAGGACAUGGAUGCAGUGCAGAAACUCCAGGACCUUCUCCACGAAGCCCUGCAGGACUACGAGCUGAGUCAGCGCAAUGAGGAGCCCCGGCGAGCAGGCAAGCUGCUCCUGACCUUGCCUCUCCUGCGGCAGACGGCCGCUAAAGCUGUGCAGCACUUCUACAGCAUCAAACUGCAGGGCAAGGUUCCCAUGCAUAAACUCUUCCUAGAAAUGCUAGAGGCAAAGGUCUGACAGCCCCAGCA